UAGAGGAGAGCAGCUGAAAGAAAACAAGAAGAAGAAAAGACUGAGAGGAAAAUGGCGACUGAGAAAAUGGGGAUCAAGAUCGAAACUAACCCUGAUGAAACCAAACUCACUAGCCUUGGUGUAAGAUCUUGGCCCAAGUGGGAAGGUCCCCCAAGCACAUUUCCAUGGACGUUUACUUCAAAUGAAACGUGUUACCUGUUGAAAGGGAAAGUGAAAGUUACUCCUGAUGGUUACAAUGACUUUGUUGAGAUCGGUGCUGGUGAUUUAGUCGUGUUCCCCAAAGGAAUGAAGUGCACUUGGGAAAUUUCAGAAGCUGUUGACAAGCACUACAACAUGUUUUUGUUAUCUUUAUUACUGUUUGUUUCAUUGAUUUUGUUGAUUUUGUCAGGUGGGGAUGUCCUCCAAGCAAAUUCCCAUGGACAUAAAAGUGAAAGGUAAAGUAAAAGUGAUUCCUGAUGGUGAGAACGACUAUGUGGAGUUUGGUGCUGGUGAUUUAGUGGAAUUUCCACAAGGAUUGAAGUGUACAUGGGAUGUGACAGAAACUGUAGACAAGCACAACAGAUUUGAAUGAUAAAAUUAAUCUUUCCGUGUAUUCUUCCUCAUAAAUCUUUCUUCUCUUCCAGUAUAACAACGUAUGUACACGUAUAAUGUUGAGAAAACAGUCUCUACUCUAACCUGUAGUCAAUAAGC